CUCAGCGUCUCUCUCUCUCUCUCUCUGAUAUCCGACCAUGAUGGCAGGUGAGAAGAAGAUCAAGAUUGGCAUCAAUGGUUUUGGAAGGAUCGGGCGUUUGGUCGCCAGGGUCGCGCUCCAGAGCAGUGAUAUUGAGUUGGUGGCCGUCAAUGAUCCGUUUAUCAGCACUGACUACAUGACGUACAUGUUUAAGUAUGAUACCGUGCAUGGGAAGUGGAAGCACCACGAUAUCAAGGUCAAGGACUCGAAGACCCUUCUCUUUGGCGAGAAGCAAGUCACUGUCUUUGGCAUUAGGAACCCUGAGGAGAUCCCAUGGGGUGAAACUGGUGCAGAGUAUGUUGUGGAGUCUACUGGUGUCUUUACUGACAAGGAGAAGGCUUCUGCUCACCUGAAGGGUGGUGCCAAGAAGGUCAUCAUCUCUGCUGCUAGCAAAGAUGUUCCUAUGUUUGUGGUGGGUGUGAACGAGCAUGAAUACAAGUCUGACAUUGAUAUCGUCUCCAAUGCUAGCUGCACCACAAACUGUCUAGCUGUUCUGGCCAAGGUCAUCAAUGAUAAAUUUGGCAUCAUUGAGGGUUUGAUGAGCACAGUGCAUUCCAUCACUGCUACUCAGAAGACUGUUGAUGGGCCAUCCAGCAAGGACUGGAGGGGUGGACGAGCUGCCAGCUUUAACAUCAUUCCUAGCAGCACUGGUGCUGCCAAGGCUGUUGGCAAAGUGCUUCCUGCCUUGAAUGGAAAGUUGACUGGAAUGUCUUUCCGUGUUCCAACCGUGGAUGUGUCUGUUGUCGAUCUCACUGUCAGGAUCGAGAAAUCAGCCACAUAUGCCGAUAUUAAGGCUGCUAUCAAGGAAGAGUCUGAGGGAAGGCUCAAGGGAAUCUUGGGUUAUACUGAAGACGACUUGGUGUCCACCGACUUUAUUGGUGACAGCAGGUCAAGCAUUUUCGAUGCCAAGGCUGGAAUCGCUCUGAAUGAUCACUUCGUCAAGCUGGUGGCUUGGUACGACAAUGAAUGGGGCUACAGCUCGCGAGUUGUUGACUUGAUCCGAUCAAUGGACAGCAAAAAGUAGGAAGUUUGCCUGGCUUUGAUGUGUUGAUGUUUAUGGUCAAUCGGUGUUCAGUGGAGUGUCGAAGAAUAGUAGUCUUCAUCUUUCUUCAAAAAAAGAUGUGUCCAAGAAUAAAUUUUGAUGAUAUGUUGUAAGAGUUAUUUCUCUUCUUUUUGGAAGCAUCACUAUCGAUAAUAAAAUCUUCACCCUCCGAUGAUAGGGCAAAGAUAGAAAUUGAUAUUAAUCAUUUUUUAAAUUUUUGAAAGUUUUUCU